AUGGCAGAUACUGGAUUUUACGGCCGUUUCCAUUUUGACGAUGGGGAAAUUUCUUCACCGGCAUUACAGUUCUUCAAUAAUUCAGAAGGAACAGACUUUUGUAUGCCGAAGAACAAAACCCAUUUAUCUGAUUUGGAUGUUAUUGAACAACCACUUGCCUAUCCUUGUCAAAAUUCAUAUCCCUCCCAAUCUCUUUCUUCUUCGGAUUAUAUUGAGAGCUGCUCAUUCCUUUCACAGAAAUCCGCCGAAUAUGAGGAACUCGAGAAAUUUGAAGGCAAACAAUCAGAUGAUCCACCAUAUAAUCACAGUGGAAUGAAGAGAACGAAUAUCGAUGAAGAUGGGUUGCAGUGCACGAACAAACGGUACGAAUUUACGGAUAAUUUAAUAUUAAGAUUAUGCCUGAAGAAUGUUGAUGGGAAAUCAAGCCAGAUAAUUAUUAUUCAAGUGAGAAGUGAAGAGCCUUUGGAUGACGGUUACAAAUGGCGCAAAUACGGAGAGAAAUCAAUGCCAAAUUGCGAAAUGCCAAGGUGUUAUUACAAAUGCUCCGAUAAGAAAUGCAGCGUGAAGAAAAGGGUAGAGCGAAAUGCUUUGGAGGAUGAAAUAGUAGUUGUAACAUACGAAGGAAUUCACAACCAUCCGUUUCCAAAUCCUGUUUGUUAUGUUGAGAGACGUGUUUACUUACCCAUGCCUUGUGCUGCAACAUGCCAAUAA